GGUACAGAAAGAAAUCUGUGAGAUCCAACGACCAUAUCUUCCCGUCAAUACCGGAGAAGCCUCUUUUUAAGAAGGAAUCCAACGGCUCCAAUGUCACUGUAAAUAAGGACCCUUUGAUUUACAUCUUACGCUCCAAAUCAAAUCAUUAUUCCGCACUGGGUAAACACUAAACAAACAGAAACAGUACUAAUAUAAAUACACAAUAUAAUAAAGAAUAAGAAACCCUCUUAAUUUGUUCAGAUUUCUAAGAAUUCAAACAUCUUUCUCUCUCUCUCUCUCUCUCUCUUUCCUCUUUGUGUUUGUGUUUGUUCCGCCCGCUGCUCUCUCCGACCUUGACGCUGCUAACCUCAUCGUCAGCGCUGCGCUUGCGGUGAUAUGUCGCCGGAGGGCGUUACCAGCAAAUCCUACGUCAAACGAAUCUCCAGAUACCGGAAAUAGACACACUCUUUCUUUCUUUCUUUCUUUCUAUAUUUAUCUCUAUUUUAAUUUCAAUUUGUUGGUGCCAAAAAAGGAAAAGGAAAAAGGAAAAAGAAAAAGGAAAUGGAAGGGCAAGGGAAGCUGAGCCGUACACAGUCAUCACUUCUACGGUCAUCUCCAACCAUCCGAUCGUCGAUCCAAAGCCUAUCGUCAAUUGCAGAUGUGUCAGAUUCUUCCGAGUAUGUGUAUGAGAGAAAGGUUCACAAGUCAUCAUCUUGUAACCCUAAAAGUAGUAGUACUAGUAACAGCACUAGUACUAGUAUUGGAACAAGAACAAUGAUAUGGGUUGUCAGCCUCCCAUUGGCAUUGGCAUUGGCAUUGACAUCCCUAAUUGCCAUACUAAUCUUCAUCUACCUAAAAAGUGAUGAAAUUUCAACAUCGGAGAAUGUUCUUUUGGCCCUCAUAAUGAUCGCCGUAGUGCUAUUCUACCUGGCUAAGAACAGAGAAUUGUUGGACCGUUCAAAAUGGGUGGUGAAGAAGCUAUACAGGCAGCAGAGGCAUGAGGAUGAUGAUAAUAAGAAAGGUUCUAAAUCAGUGCAGUGGUACAUCGGGGAUGAAUCUGAAUCUCAAUCUGGCAAAUCUCAAUCUGGCAAGCAGACUGACAUGGACAUGGACAUGAAGAUGGUGAAAGAGGGCGUUGAACUGUACAGCAAUGGGGAUGUGUACGAAGGGGAAUUUCAUAAAGGAAAAUGCAACGGAAGUGGGGUCUACAAUUACUUUGUAAAUGGGAGAUAUGAAGGAGAUUGGGUGGAUGGAAGGUAUGAUGGAUAUGGAAUAGAGAGUUGGGCAAGAGGAAGUAGGUAUAGAGGACAAUAUAGAGCUGGAUUAAGGCAUGGUUUUGGGGUUUAUAGCUUUUAUACAGGGGAUUCUUAUGCUGGUCAAUGGUUUCAUGGACAGUACCAUGGCGUUGGCCUUCAAACUUGUUCUGAUGCUAGCUCUUAUCUUGGCCACUUCAAGUUUGGGGUUAAGCAUGCCUUUGGUUCCUACCAUUUCAGAAACGGAGAUAGAUAUGCUGGGGAGUAUUUCGGAGACAAAAUACAUGGCUUUGGUGUAUAUCACUUUGCAAACGGACAUUGUUAUGAGGGCUCGUGGCAUGAAGGUCGUAAGCAAGGCUUUGGGAUGUACACCUUCCGCAAUGGGGAAGCCAAAUGCGGUGAAUGGGACAAUGGUUCCCUCAAAACCCCUUUACCACCCCUAACAGAUUCAGUCCUACGAGCAGUUCAGGCAGCUAGAAGAGCAGCUGAGAACGCAAUUAACCUGAGGCGCGUUGAUGAUCAAGUCAACAAGGCAGUGAUGGCUGCAAACCGAGCCGCCACUGCUGCUAGGGUAGCUGCUGUCAAAGCAGUCCAGAAUAGGAUGGAUGGAAAAUAUUAUGAUACAUAUGUGUAACUCAGUGUAAAAUGUAAAGUAGGCUAAUUUCGGUUUGGAUUACCCUGAGAAAUAUGUAAAUUUUUGCCAAAUUUCUCUUUACUACUUUGGAAACCAAAGAAAAAACAAGGCAGACCCUGGUAAGCACAAGCUAGCUGGAGGUUGAGAUAGAUUUUCAGGUCUUUUUUCCUUCCUAGAAUUAUCUUUUUUGUUCCUUUUUCUUAUCAUCCACACUCUGUAACUUGUAUAUAAAUCUGGAUAUGUAGAUUAAAGGAAAGCUGAAUUCUUCAGAGUUA